CGCUGCCCGCGGGGCCCAGCCCUGCCCUGUGAGGGGUCCGCUGGAGCCGGCUGGAGCCGGUUGCGUCCAGCACGCGGCGGCGCUGGCCGCGCUUCACAGGGGCCGCCGGCGGCCGCCCCACGGUCGGUACUCGCCACGAACACCCUGCGUGGGUGCGGAGUGACACUUGGCUGGUGGCAUUCUGACGGGAUUGAGAGCUGCACCUUCUCCUUCAGAGCAGUGAGAAACACAGCCCCAGCGCGGAGUGAGGACUUGGCUGGCAGAUGGAGCAGGGCAGGUGAUUCGGUUUUGCUUUGGAGGUGGCUCACAAGGGACCUGCUGCAGGUUUUAUCUUAUUUCCUCACUUUAGACGUUGAGGGACUUCCAUGGCACCACACUGUCCUCUGUGAGCUACACUGGGUUGUGCAGACAUGUAGGCAGGUCCUCGGUGGGAGGGAUGAGCGGCCCUGAAACCUCUCAGCUUGCCCACGAAGGACGUCUGGAAAAGUUUAUUCCUUGUCUGGCUUUCGGCAGCCAGGAACAUCACUUAACUUGUAGGAACUUCAUCAGCUUUUUGCCUUCACUUUAAAAUGCGUAUUUAAUAGAGCAAGAUUCACAAUCAAAGAGAAUGGAGCCUCUCCUUGGAGAGGAGGGAGCAGUAGGAGCCUCCCCUCCCCCCGACGUGAGCACUGGAAAGUGGGGAUGAUUUUUCUGUGGAGCUAAUAGUCUGGCUGUAAGGAGUUGAGGUCCGGAGCCAGACAUCGUGGUUAGACCUGUCUGUGCUUAUAACGUAGUUGUUUGGGUUUUGUAGAAGUUGUCUGAAGGAAUCUGAAUUAAAAACAAAACAAAAACAGAAACCCGAGGGGAAACCUGUUUCUGGCAGUCGUGGUCCCUAUUUGAUCUGGCACCAGAACUGGUGAAAAUCUUGCUUUGUCUUCCUUCUGCUGCUAUCAAAAUUGCUACAAGCUUUAUUUUGACAGUUACCAUGCUUCCUUUCCCUGCACACCAUGGCCAAGGUCACCGAGAACAUGAAACAGUAUCUCCUGCCUGAAGCCAACCUUAGUAGGCUGCAGGGCUGCUUUGAGCUUUGUGUGUGUGCACAGCUAAUGCCCUGCCAGCGCAGGUGUGGACUUGCUGGUGCUAAACAAGGUCCUAAACAAGUGGUACAACAACAGCAAUCAGUUGCUGCAAAGUAUCCACAGCACACUGAGAGCACAAAUGAUGGAGUUCACAGCUAAGUGUUGGUGAAACACAUUGCAGCGUGCAAUUGGAAGAAGAUGAUGCUAGUUUCCAGCAGGAGAAUAUCGUGGUUACACCAUUUAGGCAGGAGUGCAUCGAGGAAGUCUUAUCCAGUUCCUCACACUUUGUUGGCUGUAAAUACAGAAGCCACUCCAGGAAAAGGCUCUGCAGUAGAAGUGGAAGUUUAGGAGGGAUCUAAAUCAGGUUGGGACUCGGAGUACUGUGUCCUAGUCACAAAGAGAGACAGAGACACAGAGGGGACUGUCGGCUGGUGCAGGCGGAACCAAAAGAUAUUUAAUCAGCAAUUAGAAACACCUGAGGGCAAGGGAAAUUCUACUCUAGCUUCAAGCUUCAUCUCUCAGCCUGCAGCAUCAGCCUCCAGACAGUUUGCUGCAGCAGCUUUCAUCAGCACGAGCUAACGCAGACUAGAGAAGAUCUACUGGCUGCUUGGCAGAAUGGCCACGGAGGAGCGGCAUCUCUCCUCCAGCUGUGGGUCCUUCAUCAAGACCGAGCCCUCCAGCCCGUCUUCUGGCAUCGAUGCUAUCAGCCACCACAGCCCGAGUGGCUCCUCUGACGCUAGCGGUGGCUACGGUAUCACCAUGGGUGGCCACCCCAAUGGCCUAGACUCGCCACCCAUGUUCAAUGGCACAGGCAUUGGCAACGGCUCCUGCCGUAAGCGUUACGACGACUGCGCGAGCGCCAUCAUGGAGGACUCACCCACCAAGUGCGAGUACAUGCUCAAUGCAAUCCCCAAGCGGCUGUGCCUGGUGUGCGGGGAUAUUGCUUCUGGGUACCACUACGGCGUGGCUUCCUGUGAGGCCUGCAAAGCCUUCUUCAAGAGGACUAUUCAAGGGAAUAUUGAGUACAGCUGCCCGGCCACCAAUGAAUGUGAGAUCACGAAACGGAGGCGCAAGUCCUGCCAGGCCUGUCGCUUCAUGAAAUGCCUCAAAGUGGGGAUGCUGAAAGAAGGUGUUCGUCUGGAUCGAGUCCGUGGAGGGCGUCAGAAAUACAAGAGGAGACUGGAUUCUGAAAGCAGCACUUAUCUCAGCUUGCAGAUCCCUCCCCCAGCUAAAAAGCCACUGACUAAGAUCGUCUCCCACUUGCUGGUGGCCGAGCCAGAGAAGAUCUAUGCCAUGCCUGAUCCAACCAUGCCGGAGAGCGACAUCAAAGCCCUGACAACCCUCUGUGAUCUGGCAGACAGGGAAUUGGUGGUGAUCAUUGGCUGGGCAAAGCACAUCCCAGGGUUCUCCAACCUGUCCCUUGGGGACCAGAUGAGUCUCCUGCAAAGCGCCUGGAUGGAAAUCCUCAUCUUGGGCAUUGUGUAUCGUUCCUUGCCAUAUGAGGACAAGCUUGUCUAUGCUGAGGACUACAUCAUGGAUGAAGAGCACUCUCGCCUGACUGGGCUGCUGGAGCUCUACCUGGCCAUCCUACAGCUGGUGCGCCGCUACAAGAAGCUCAAGGUGGAAAAGGAGGAGUUUGUCACGCUCAAAGCGCUGGCCCUCGCCAAUUCAGACUCCAUGCACAUAGAGGACAUGGAUGCAGUGCAGAAACUCCAGGACCUUCUCCACGAAGCCCUGCAGGACUACGAGCUGAGUCAGCGCAACGAGGAGCCCCGGCGAGCAGGCAAGCUGCUUCUGACCUUGCCCCUCCUGCGGCAGACGGCGGCCAAAGCUGUGCAGCACUUCUACAGCAUCAAACUGCAGGGCAAGGUUCCCAUGCAUAAACUCUUCCUAGAAAUGCUAGAGGCAAAGGUCUGACAGCCCCAGCGCCAGCCGACAGUGGCCGGGGAACAAACUAGAAACCAAGAUGCGAACAACGGAGCAAUCCAAGCAGCAGCAGCAGCAG